UGCACGGUUAUGGCGCGUGCCGAACGCGUGAAUCCUACCGGCAGCUCGCUGCACAGUUUGGCUUAAUGGUCAACAGCAGACAUCGACACUCUGUGGUGAUGCUGAACUGAAAACUGUAAUUAAGUUUCUAACAUCUUCAUUAGAUUUAUAUUGUUGCAUUCUAGUGUUUAUGAGAUUUUUAUAGCACUGGAACUUCCAAAAGGUUUAGUCUUUUAUACUGGAUCAUAAAACUGGUAGCCUAUCACCCCUCCAGUGUUGGAGCAGUGUGUCUCAUGGCUCUAUGAUCGCAGAUGCACGCAACUCUCUGCGCAGCACUGCGUUAGUUCCAGGUUGUCCAUGUCACCCAGUCUCCUCCCCCACUGCUCCAGGUAAACACCGUGUUGUUGAUAUUGGAAACAAGCUGCUGAGGGUCCACAAGCAGAUGUUAAUCCAUAUAUAGCGUGGCUUGGGUAUCUGGUUUUAUUAAUUUUAGGAAUAGAUUAGUUCUGUCACGUCAGAAACACUCAUCUGGUUCUGUGUUUCUUUUGUUGUGGCGGUAAACAAGCGGUCCAUAAGCAUUAAUACACGGAAUUUAUUCAUUUAUUUCGAUAUUUUCAUUAUUUCCAUCCAACUUUUUAAUUGUUCAUUUAUAUAAGUGCAACUUUUAGUUGUCACAUCAAAAAAAAUAAAUAUUUUACUGAUGUGGCUGUUCACUAUCAGGGAAUUAGAUGCAAAAAUAAGCAAACUGUAAGAUUAUAAAUUUACAACAAAGGCAGACAAAGAAAAAAGAAAUCCUUCCUAUAGAAAAUGACACGAGAUGCUGUCUUGUAUAGCCCGUCUGUUAAAGAAAAACAACACUGUUAGAUUGUUUGUAUGUGUAAUUAGAUCUUGGAUGAACGUUGAAGCGUUAAAUUUUAAACGCAAUAAAGCGCAACAUCAUCACGAAACUCCGCAUACCAGCGGUACACGGAAGGGACAAACUCGACCAGAUGGUCUAGACAGGAGCUCCACUCAUUUCCCAAAGGCAUUGCCCCCCUCUGUCAAACCCCCAGCAUGAUGGCUUGUGUUCCCUCCCCUCUGACGCGCCGGACCCACAUAAAUAGGAGGCUCUCCAGAUCUGUGGCACACUUCAGCUCAGCCGCUCCAAGAGCAAGUAUCUCCCCUCAAAAAACACUACAAGCAGAAAACGAAAUGAGUCCCAGCAUCACUACUGAGGCCAACCAGCCUCUCCCUGCCAGGUCCACUGUGGCCCAGAGAAAACAAGCCAACGAGCUGAGAAAGACUCUGAAACCAUUGCUGGAGAAGAGAAGACGUGCUCGUAUUAAUGACAGUCUCAGUCAUUUGAAGAGCCUGAUUCUGCCUCUGGUUGGCAAAGACAACGCACGCUACUCCAAGCUGGAGAAAGCUGAUAUUCUGGAAAUGACCGUCCGGUUCCUCAGAGACCUUCCUUCCAGCCCAGUCAAAGACUCUGCAGACAGUUACAAGGAAGGCUACAAAGCCUGCCUCCAGCGCGUCUCCGCUUUGCUUCCCAAAACAAGCCUGGACCAAGACGCGUGCCAGCGGGUUAACGACUUCGUCCAGCGGUCCAUGUCCGCGACAGUCACCCCAACUUGUCUGAACUGCUGCGCCCAGAGCUCCAAAACCUUCCCUCAGAUCCAACAGAGACUCCUGAGCCUCAGAUCCAGCUUCAACUCCAGACUGGAGAGCCAGUCCCGCAGCAGCAGCGGCGAAGUGGCUCACAGUCGAGCGCAGCCAGGCCCGCAGGCUGUCAGUGCUGCCAUGUGGAGACCUUGGUAGAUUAGAUGGACAUUUAUCUAUGUGUUAUUUAUUUUGUGAUGUUAUUUAAGCUAUUUGUAUUCCUAUAACCGUAACCUUAGCGAUUUAAGAAGAAAUGUUGGAGUUGCUGUAUAAUGACUUUAAUAAGCAUUUGGCUCAUUUUGCGUUUAAUGCCAAAAGGCACACGAGCACAGAUCUCAAAGAAACUGUAAAGUCUAUGAGCUUUUUAAAAUGCAAUCCUCUUUGGGGUUUCAGAGAUAUGGGUUGUAGACAACACUUUUGUAAAACCCCAAGGGUUAUUUUGUUUGAGGUUUGCACGAUGGACUUAAAAGUAUUUUGGUCUGUGCAAAAGAAUAGUCUGUAAACACUAUGUGUUAAAUAGGAUUAUACAUUAUUCAUUGACGGCAUGUAAGAAAAAAACAUGUUUCGUGACACUUCAAAUGUUUUGUUAUUGACGAACUUUUUUCAAUAAAUGUUCUGACGUCGAAGAUUUGUGGUUUGAUCUCUUUUUGUGGUGGUCUACGGAUCUCAAAUGUCUCAUUAAUCUCAGACAUCUUGAUGAGAGGAAUCUCAGGGCUAAGAAAGCAAUGAAAAAGGCGCGCAAACGCAUAAAGCCACAGGUCAUCCUGAGCCUAUUGAUGCUGAUGAGCAGCUGCUCUAUUGUUGCUGGAUGAGAGGCGCCUCUCUGUUGCCGCCAAAUUGGUGGGAAGAAGUUGGACUGGUUGUGUGAUGGGACACACAC